GGUAAUUCAAGGUCGUGACACUUUCAAACACCAAGUAUACUGACGACUAAGUUUUUUGAUUGACAGCACUCCGCAGGUAUAAUAACACUCCAAAUUGACAGAGGAAUACGGUUCAAUAUAGUUAAUUUGACUAUAAUUACUGACUUUUGUACAUUAUGUAGUGUGCUAUUAUAUGCAAACCCUAUGUCCUCAUGUUGAUUGAUGAGAUAUCGAACUAUAUUAGCUGGCAACAAUAGUAGGGCAGAAAAUGAAGAUUAUAUUCCUCCUUUCUAGUUGUGCCCCUUGCUGAGACCUAGAUUAAAACCAGGAUAUUAGUUGCGAUGACAUCUACAAAUCGAAAUGAAAUGUUUUACAAUUAUUUUUAAGCUCUUGUAGUGUCACAAAAAAUAUUUUUUCCCUUGUCUGUUUCAACGUGUCACUUAAUGUGCAGCAUCUCUCAUAUUUUUCAUGUGAAAAUGACAAUAAACCAAUAAUUAUCAGUUUUUUUACUCUUCUUUUACAUUCCGUUGUAUUGCUUGGAAGCUUAUAUCAUUUAAAGCUCUUUGACGAAGCAAGAAACUUGUUUUCAAUAUAGUAAAGCUUGUUGUAGUGGCAGUACUUGUUUUUCACGGGAGCGUAUUUUUCGUGAUUUUUUCUUCUGUAAAUAGAAGCUUGCGUGUAUUAUUUUGGAAACAUCAGCAUUUCUUUUAACCAUACUAGCCAAUAUUGACGUUUGGUAGUCAGCACCCUGAAAAUGAGUGCUACUUAAAUAAUGAUCAUAUGUGCAGAGCUCUGUGUAGAUGAAUCUCUAGAUAUUCAGGAAAUCUAUUAUUUCUACUAUUUAAAUGUUGUGAUGUACAUAUAGGUAGUCUUCCGGGAAAAACUAGGCGCUUCUCUUCAAAAAUAAACAUCGUAAGCAUUUAGCAGGGUUUAUAAAGUAGAUUUUGUGAACUGUUUGACCUAGACAGUCUGACUAAAAGCUUCGACAUUAGACUUACACCGCCCUAGUUGUAAAAAUUGAAUAGUGAAUAAGAACCAACAUAACAUCUCAUUUUCGAUUGCCGGGCUAAAGUCCUACAGUAAUAUCAAAAACUACGGCUUUAUAUACGGAAUAACCUAAGCUAAAUUGCGAGUGUCAUUUAGUGUUUGAGUUUCGAAAUGCCAUUUCCAAGUUCAACUGUAAUUUUGGGACACAAGUUAAAUUGGUGUAAGCAGCUCAAAUCUAAUCCCAAUUUAUAGUAUCAAGGGAUAACUCAUUUAGUUUUACUCCAUAGUGAAAUUAAAACAAGCCAAAUGCAAGUGUAAUAAGUAUUCGUUGGUUUUGCAAAAUAGGAUGAAAUUUUGCCGUGAGAAAUUACAGUAAUCUCGAAUUUCCGAAAUAAAAUAGUCACACUAUGUAUUUUAGGUAAAUAUGGUUUUCGGUUCAACGUAAUAUAUAUACUUCAAGGUGGCAGUAUUGGUUAACGUUUCCUUCUGAUUUUCACUUUAUCCAAGUUUGGCUUUUGUAUGCAGUCGUCAUUUAACCAUAUUGUCAAUUAAUCUUACUUCACAAAACAGUCCCACAUAUUUUAGUUGCGUAGAAUCCGGCAUAGUAUGCAAAGUGCCACCUCAUUAAAGUAUUUUGUCUGUUUUAGCCGUAUGCUCGACCGAAUCAAGCUCGAGGCUAGGCAGUUGUCGUUAGUGCCAGGGAAAGCCAUUCGUUACGUUCUGUUAUUUUUCUUCGUAGAGGUGAUCACGCUCGUGUACGGCGUGAUAAUCUUCUUCUUGCUGCAUCACGCUUUCAUUCCUACCGUAAAAUUGGAGAGAAAUUUGGACUUGGUGUUUGAUACAAAAUGCAACGUUCAAAUGGAGUAUUCCAAUGUUUGCAGCUUUCCUAGUGCUAAUUUUUCGAUUUCAGAAGGUGGAGUGUCCUUACUAACUCCUAAAUACCCUUACAUGCUCAUAUUGGAAAUGUGGUUGCCAGAUUCUUUUCAAAAUCGAAUUGCAGGUAUGACUAUCAUGACUUUAGAACUCUAUGGCAAGGACCAUGUUCUUGUAGGAAGAUUCAAAAAACCUUUCUCUUUACCCUAUCGUUCUAAUGAGGUUCGAACAAUCAGCAAUAUUCUUUUUGCACCAUUGUAUAUAAUUGGUAAAAUGAAAGAGGAAAUCCCGUUGGAAAUUGAAAUGGCGUCUAAUUACCAGUUUGAUACGGUUCAACCAAUCUUGGAGGUCGCGUUAUUUUAG